CACAUAAUAUUCCUUCGGCAUCUUCUGCUCCCUAUAUAUACCUCCCCAAACCAUUGGGACCUCAAACUUCUCAUACUUUCAAAGCUUUCUUCAGCUUGAUCUCGAUUCAAUGGCGGGGAUCGUGGUGGUGUUCGACUUUGACAAGACGAUCAUAGACUGCGACAGCGAUAACUGGGUCGUCGACCAGCUCGGCGCCACCGAGCUUUUUGAGCUCCUCCUCCCGUCCAUGCCGUGGAAUUCUCUCAUGGAUAGGAUGAUGAAGGAGCUACAUUUACAGGGGAAGACCAUCGAAGAAAUUGCAGAUUGCCUGAAGAGGGCUCCACUGGACCCUCACGUCAUCACGGCCAUCAAAUCGGCUUAUGAUCUUGGGUGUGAUCUGAGGGUGGUGAGUGAUGCCAACCUCUUCUUCAUAGAGACAGUUCUCAAACACCAUGGGCUUCUUGAGUAUUUCUCGGAGAUUAAUACCAAUCCAAGCUAUGUGGAUGAGGAGGGGAGACUUAGGAUCUUCCCUUACCAUGACUUCACCACCUCUUCUCACGGCUGCAGCCUCUGCCCUCCAAACAUGUGCAAGAGCGAGAUCGUUGAACGAAUCCAAGCACAAGCUACUGCAGAAGGAAAGAAGCGAUUCAUCUACCUGGGUGACGGGAAGGGAGACUACUGCCCUUCUCUGAAGCUCAGUGAAGAAGACUGUGUGAUGCCAAGGAAGAAUUACCCACUGUGGCAGCUCAUCUGUGACAACCCUCAGCAGCUCAAGGCUGGGGUCCAUGAAUGGAGCAAUGGUGAGGAGCUUGAAAGAACCCUCCUGCAGCUCAUCAACAUGUCGAACGCUGCCGAUCACAACCAUGCUGCCCAGUUAUUCUCAGUGGAUUGCAAGUUCGAGACAAUUCCUAUGUCACCCAAUGAAGCCCUUCCCCUGGCUCUCAGGGUUCCUCACUAACCAUGCCUGACUUGGCCCUCAAAUAUUUGGCACAAGUGGGCAAUUUAUCUGAAUGUUGGUCAAAGACCACGUUUCGCUUUUUUUUUUUUUGGUUCUGCCUUUUUUCCCCUUCUUUCUCCUCUUUGACCUUGUGUGAAAGUUUACAGUGGAAAGAAUGUCAGUGACGGAGAUAAAUUUUCCUGAUGUUUUAUGUGGUGAAAUUUUCAUGUGAAAUCCAUUGGAUUUGUA